UUGUCUGUUUUGGAGAUACAGUAUGUAAUAAUUACUCUCUCUGUUCUGUGCGGCCGUGUAGAAAGCCUCUCCAACCCCAGCAAUCAGUUUGGAUUCAAGCAUAUAAGAAGCCAGCAAUCCUGUUAACAGCAAGUUGUGUCUGUCAAGUGUGGGACCAAGUUGGCUGUCGACGAGGAAGACCCCCAAAGAUUGGCGAGAUACCGAGGCAUAGCUGUCUGGACAAAUCAGAAGAUGAAGACCUUUCUGAAGUGCUGGCUUCCCAAGAUGUACCGCCGGCUCCCAGUAAACAGCGAUUGAGACCUACAGAUGACGACCUUAUUAAUACAGUGAAGAUGGGGCCAGGCGUUGCUCAGGCUGAAUGUAGGAGCUCUAUGGGGGACGUUUCCCCCCAGCUGUGGAGUCGUGUCCCCAUACAUGUUCAAGAGAGUGCGGAAGAAAAACUUUCCUUGGAAGAACAGCGGGAGGAUCUUCAAACAAAAGUGGAAAGACUUACUCUCAAACCUUGCUGGGGAAGCGAAGGUCUCAGACGGACAUCUCUACCACCUGAGGAUGGCAAAAAAGCCAUCAGGUGAUUCAUCGGAACAUGAGAUUUCGUGGAGUGCGUUUCGCUCUAUACCAAAGUGUGGACAUAACCGGGUGCCUCGAAUUACGUACAGCCACUCUCAGGAUAGUCAUAUGGUCCGGAGUGGGUCGAAUCGGCCCAUCUACCCGUCUCUCCCAUUUUCUCCCUACUGCUCACCCAACUCUUCUCCCCGCCUUCGAAGGAACCCGACGAAAGAGUCCAGUCGUGUUUCCAUAGAAACCUAUCCAAAUUAUGUGCAGCUCAACCAAUACAAAAUCAAGAAGGAAAUAGGCCAGUAUAAUCAAGUGAGUGAAGGAGAUGAAAAAACAAGAGAUGCUGUAACAAAAAAACUUAUCCUAGAAAUUGAUCCCAAAACAAAGAAAGAACUCGUAGAAGUUCACCCCAUUCUGACUUCAAAGUUGAAACCACAUCAGUCAGAAGGAGUCAAGUUUAUGUGGGAAUGUACAGUUGAAUCUCUUGAACAGUUGAAAUCUGGAAAAGGAUCUGGAUGCAUCUUAGCACACUGUAUGGGGCUGGGGAAAACCCUACAGGUUAUAACAUUUGUUCACACAUUGCUUAAUAACCAGUACACAAAGGACUACUUUUCGAAGGUGCUGGUGGUGUGUCCAUACAAUACUAUCCUUAACUGGAACAGGGAGUUCAAUUUGUGGCUUGAAGAUGAUGAGCUUCAUAUGAAUGUAUAUGAACUUGCUAGUGUGCGAGAUAACCGUACCAGAGCCAAUAAGCUUGAUGAAUGGCAAGAAGAUGGAGGUGUAAUAAUAUUGGGUUAUGAUCUCUUUCGCCUUUUGGUUCAAGAAAAGUCUCAUGGAAAACGAAUUUCAAAGAAGCUUCGAGGUAGUUUUUGUUCUGCAUUACUUGAUCCAGGUCGACAACCACCGGGUCGUGAUGGAAGACGACAAGUCCCUCAUCCAUUGGUGCAGAUAUACAGGGAGAUUGCGAUCUUAAAGAAGUUGAAUCACCCAAACAUAGUCAAGCUGAUUGAGGUCCUUGAUGAUCCUGAUGACGACAAUCUGUAUAUGGUUUUUGAACUUCUAGAGAAAGGGGCGGUGAUUGAUAUACCAACAGAGAGUGUCCUUUCUGAAGAACAGGCGUGGAAGUACUUUCGAAACAUUGUAAUGGGCAUUGAGUACCUUCACUAUCAGAAAAUCAUCCACAGAGACAUCAAACCAUCUAACCUUCUUCUUGAUGAUCAAGACAAUAUACUGAUAGCAGAUUUUGGGGUUUGUAACCAGUUUGAAGGAGUAGAUGCUUUCCUCUCUGGAACUGCUGGUACACCAGCUUUUGUUGCACCAGAGGCUCUUCGUGGUAAUAAAGGUAGAUACAGUGGAAAGGCAGUUGACAUUUGGGCAAUGGGCAUCACCCUGUACAGCUUUGUCUUUGGGAAUGUCCCAUUUCAUGAUAACAAUAUUCUAGUGUUGUACAACAAAAUCAGAAACCAACCACUAACUUUCCCUGCCAACCCAAACAUCAGUGAUGAACUAAAAGAUCUGCUGAAAAGGAUGCUACAUAAAGAUCCAGUUGAGAGAAUAACAUUACCUGUAAUUAAGGUUCACCAGUGGGUGACAAAAUUUGAAACAUUUCCACUUCUGUCAGAGGAAGAAAACUGUGUACUUAUUGAAAUAACACAAGAAGAUAUUGAUCAUUGUGUUCGAUCAAUUCCCAAACUGGAUACUCUAAUUCUGGUUAAGAGUAUGUUGAAGAAACACUCCUUUGGAAAUCCAUUCAAAGACAAUCCGUACCUGUAUCGGCACCAGUUUCUUAGAACUGGACGUUCCAACUCUGCACCAUCCUCAUAUGAGCUUUAUAUGGAUAGAAAAGUUUCUGUAGAGUGUACACUUCCAGCUCUUCAAGAGAUUAGUCCAGUGAGACCUGGUGAUAAAAUUGUUGAAAAUUCUGUUCAUGAAACUAGACCUGGUGACAGAAUAUUAAAUAACACAUCAAUAUUUCAUCAAGAAACUAACCACAAUAGAUUGGUUAAUGAAGAUGCAAGCAACUCCUUUCAGGAGAAUACUUUUAUCAAUGAAACUGUAAAAGAUGAACUUGGAAAAAUUAAAGAUUCUGGAUUAUAUUGACAAGUCCCUUUCACCUUGCAGACCAGUCAUCAGUGCAAAGGCUAUCCUCCCCUCUUCUUGAAGAUGCAAAUUUAUAGAAGUUUGUUCAAAGAAUAAAAAAUGUCAAAUUUGAAACACACACAAAAAGAAAAAAAAAGAGUGAGAUUUGAUAAUAGAAAUGAAAAGAAAUAGAUGUGUGAUGGAAAGUUCGUGCCUAAAUCACCCAUUCUGCCUUUCCUAUCAUGCAUGUCAGGAUUGCUACAGGUUAGUCAAGUUUGUGGUUUGCAAGGCUGAACAAAGAUGAAGCAAACUUUGCAUGAUAUGCAUGCACUUCAACUAGAAUGUCUCAGCUCAACAUUUUGCUAGCUGUCACCACCUCUUAAAAUUUUAAGGAAUUUAUAUUUUGGUUUUAAGAAAUUAUUUUCUAUAUUUGCACCUCCGAAGUAAUUACAAUUAUUAAGAAGUGACAAAGAGCUUAAUACUGUAAUUUAGAGUAAUAGAUAUCUUUUAAUAAUUUUGGGUAAAUUACCAAAAACCAGUUAGAUGUUCACACUUUAGUGGGACAGUCAGAUGUUUAUAAUGUACUGGAACACUUAGAUGUUCAAACUAUAGUGUGACAGGUGUCUACAAUGUAGUGGGACAAGUGUUUACAGUGUAAUAAGACUGGUGUUCAUACUGUAGUAGGACAGCUAAGUAUUCAUAGUAUAAUGAGAGACAGUUAGAUGUUCACACUUUAGUGGGACAGUCAGAUGUUUAUAAUGUACUGGAACACUUAGAUGUUCAAACUAUAGUGUGAUAGGUGUCUACAAUGUAGUGGGACAAGUGUUUACAGUGUAAUAAGACUGGUGUUCAUACUGUAGUAGGACAGCUAAGUAUUCAUAGUAUAAUGAGAGACAGUUAGGUGUUCACAGUUUAGUGGAAUAGUUAAAUGUUCACACCGUAAUAGGACAGUUGCUUACAGUGUAACAGAGCAGGUACUUGCAUGUACAGGGAUAGUUAGGUGUUCCAAGUAUUGUGAAAUAGGGGUAGACAGUGUGUUGUAUAUUCAGGUGUUCACAGUGUAGUGAGACUGUGAUAUGCUCACAGUGUAGUGAGACCAUGACGUGCUCACAGUCUAAUGAGACUGUGAUGUGCUCAUGGUCUACUGAAACGGUGACAUGCUCACAGUGUAAUGAGACUGUGAGGUGUUCAUGAUGUACUGGGACAUUUAAAUGUUCACACUAUAAAGGGACACAGGUUACCAGUGUAUUGGAACAGGUAUUAGUAAUAUAUACAGAAACAAUUAGUUGUUCACACUAUAGUGGAACAAGGGUUCCCAGUGUAUUGGAAUAGGCAUUAGUAACAUACAAGAACAAUUAGUUGUAAACACUAGUGGAACAGGGGUUAGCAGUGUAUUGGAACAGAAAUGAAUAAUAUAC